UUUGCGCAUGCGCAGUCCGGCCCUGUGUAGUAGGGCUGCCUCGGAAAUUGACUAGUGACUCAAGCGGUUAUUUCUGUCGGAUUUACGAGCAACAACUGCGCCAUUGAUGAGCGGAUUACUUUGAAAAACGUUCAUUUGUAAAGAGGAGCUUGUGUCUGUUGAACAUGUAACUGUACACCCAGGCAAACUGAGAGAAAAUGAGCAGGUAGUUUCCAGCUUUCUUCCCCUUUCCAGGAGUGUUCUGUGGGAGAGGAGUGUUGUGAUCACUGAAGGCUGGAGAAAGACCUGAAACACAACGUUUCUGUCAGAAAGUGUGUUUCUAAGCCAUGGCUGUGGUUUCAUCCUCUCACUUCCACAUCAUCUGUGUGCUGUUUGUACUCUUCGACAGCACUGGAGGCUCGCCUUCUCAGACAUCCCAGUUCUCUUCGUAUGAAGUGAGCGUACCGAAACGCAUCAGCAGACACAGGAGAGAGCAGGACGGCACCGUCUCUGAUAAGGUGUCCUAUGUUAUCCCAGCUCAGGGGAAAGAACACGUCGUCAUCCUGGAGAAGAACGAGUUUCUCCUGCCAGAGGAUUUCACCGUGUAUUCCUACGCCAAGGACGGAUCACUGAUCACCGAAAGACCCAACAUGAAGGAUCACUGUCAUUACCGUGGUUACGUGGAGGAUGUAGACGGCUCCUCCGCUGCUCUGAGUCUCUGCUCUGGAUUACGAGGCGUGAUCCACAUGCAGAACGCCAGUUUAGGCAUCGAGCCUCUAGAGGGUUCGUCAGAUAACGAGCACCUCGUCUACCGCCUGGAGGACGUCAAGACGGAGCCUUUUACCUGCGGCACACCCCACUCCGGUCACCAUGGCGACAGAGUAUCACCAGGCCACGCCCACAACGUCACGCCUGGUCAAGCUGUCAGUCAUCUGAGCAGAAAAAAGAGGGCAGUGCUACACCAGACACAUUACGUGGAGCUGCUGCUGGUGGUCGAUAACGAGAGAUUUAACUUCACAAACCGCAAUCAGACGGCGGUGAGAGAGGAGAUGGUGCAGCUCGCUAACUACAUCGACAGUAUGUAUGUAGCUCUGAAUAUCCGGGUGGUGUUGGUGGGGUUGGAGAUCUGGUCGGUGAUGAACUUUAUCAGUACGGACGGUGGAGCGGGUGAGGUGCUCGGUCGCUUCACUCAGUGGAGGGAGAAGGAGCUCGUGCCCCGCCGUCGCCAUGACAGCGCUCAGCUCGUCCUGAAGAAAGGAUUCGGGACGACAGCAGGCAUGGCGUUUGUGGGCACGGCCUGCUCCAGGAGUCACGGGGGCGGGAUCAAUGCGUUCACGCAUAACAAUGUAGCAUCGUUUGCCUCCAUCGUGGCUCAUGAGCUCGGCCAUAAUCUCGGGAUGAACCAUGACGAUGACGGAAGAGACUGCAAAUGCGAAGUGAACAAUUGCAUUAUGAACUCAGGGGCAACUGGCUCGCGAAACUUCAGUAGCUGCAGUGCUGAUGACUUUGAGAAGUUGAUCCUGAACGCCGGAGGGAGCUGCCUGCUGAACGUGCCGCGGCCCGACGAGGCCUACAGCGCCCCCUUCUGCGGCAACAAGCUGGUGGACGUGGGAGAGGAGUGUGACUGCGGCUCUGAGGAGGAGUGUGAGAAGGACCCCUGCUGUGAGCCGAAAACGUGUAAACUCCGAGCUGGAGCUCAGUGUGCCUACGGAGUGUGCUGCAAGCACUGCAGGUUCCUCCCUGGCGGCACCGUGUGCAGGAGCAGCACGGACGAGUGCGACCUGCCGGAGUACUGUAACGGCUCGUCUGCUCUGUGCCAGGCCGACCUGUUUAAGCAGAACGGACACCCGUGCCGAGAGGGCGUGGCUUACUGCUACAACGGCCUGUGCCAGCACUACGACAGCCAGUGCCAGGCCCUGUUCGGUCCCAAGGCAAAAGCUGCUCCUGAGGCUUGCUUUAAAGACGUAAACUCCAAAGGUGAUCGCUUCGGAAACUGUGGCUAUCAGAACUACCAGUUGAAGAAGUGUGAGAGCAGGAAUGCCAUGUGUGGGAAACUGCAGUGUGAGCAAGUCCAGAAUACCGUCGUGUUCGGCAUCAAGCCCGCCAUCAUCCAGACCCCGAUCGGAGGCACCACCUGCUGGGGAGUGGACUUCCGUCUGGGCACGGACGUUCCUGACCCGGGCAUGGUCAACGAGGGCACCAAGUGUGGAGAGAACAAGGUUUGUUUGAAUUACGAGUGCAAGAGCGCCGACGAGCUGAAAUACGACUGCAAUGCUCAGAACAAAUGCCACGCUCAUGGGGUGUGUAACAGCAACAAGAACUGCCACUGUGAGUAUGGCUGGGCGCCACCAUUUUGUGAAGCCGCAGGCUACGGCGGCAGCAUAGACAGCGGCCCCACCUGGAAUGAUAAAGACACGUCUACGAGAGACGGUCUGCUGGUUUUCUUUUUCCUAGUUCUUCCUCUCCUGGCUUUGGGUCUCUACAUCUUUUUCAGGAGAAAUGAGCUGCAGCGACGCUUCUGCAGGAAAAAACGCUCUCAGGGUUACGAAGCGGAGAGCAGGCCGCAGUCCAGUAACAGCCGGACUCCUGCGAAUCAGCGCGGGAACCCCAGCAGCAUAGUGAAAGACGGACAUCAGGCUCAGUUAUUGCCAGCUGAAGAGGUGGUUCACACGAGUAAGACCUCGUCAGCAGCGCCGGUGUACGCCUCCCGACCUCCACGCCCGGCGUUUACACGACCCCCUCUUCCUCCCAGUCAGCUCCUGCCUCAGAGACCCGCCCCUCUUCCCCCUGUAUAACACACACCUCGCACAUCCAGGACAGGUGUGUGUGUGUGUGUGUGUGUGUGUGUGUGUGUGUGUGUGUGUGCACGCGUGUGUGUGUGUGCGUGUGUAGAAAAGCCAGAUGGUGUGUGUGAGAGGGCUUGCGUGACCCCGCCUGACCCUACGCUUCCCACCGUGACUCCGCCUCCUUGGCUUUGGACCACUUGUCACCUGUCAAUCAAACAGCUGCUAAGAUAAAGACGUGGGCUGAAUCUGAAUACACCCUGAACAGUGCACAGAGAAUGAAGUUAAAAAGAAUCGCCUUGUUCAGUGCACUGGAAAGCAAAUAAGGGGCUGUUCGGAUUCAGCUGUGGCUUCUGCACCGAGACGAACUUCCUCCUGCAAUAUCAUCGUAGGAAAAGGGCGGGACCUGAGAGCCUCAGCCAAUCAAAUGGGCCUGAUGUCUCUGACUUAAAGUUCCUAUGGCAGCAAGCUGAAUCCCUAAUUUGUAUUAUUAUGUCUGUUACUAUUAUGGGAUGUAAAGGACCAGAACCACUGCAGUUGAUUGCACUUCAGUAUAUUUACUGCACAAAACAAUAUAAUAACGUCAAGAUUCCUGAUUAAUUAGGCUUUUUUAAAAAAUAAUUUUGGUCAAAUGUGGGACGUUGAUGCCGACCGCAACAAGCAUGAAAUGCAACAUGAAUGACGUGAAUCCGAUUUCUUGUUUUGGAAAAAUAAUCAGUUGUUUGAUUCUGCAUCAGGCUUUUAAAUAGGGUGCGUAAAUGCUGUUUUUUUUUUUAAUUAAUUAUAAUAAAAAAUAAUUUAGCAUCAUUUGAAAAACGAGAAAUACAUUUAGAUGAGAGGGAGUUAAAAUACAAACGGUUAUACUGAAAAUAAAUAAAAUAAAUAAAAAAAAUUGGUUGGAGAAGUAAAAUCGAAUCAUGAUGUCCUAAGAGAAUCUAUGAAUAUAAAAUUGAAAUAUAUUUUUUAAAAAAAAGAAAAAAAAUAAUAAUAUAUAUGCAUUGAUACAAACAUGACAAGCCAUUGUAAUUUUUUUAAUUUAAAAGAAUGACUUUUUUAAACAAUACCUAUUUCAUGCCUUCAUUCAAGCUGCAUAACGAUUCCUCUUCCGGUUUUUCAGAUGCCACGUUGCUUUUCAAAGUGAAAGGUCAAAGUUACACAAUACUGCAAUAUAAGCAAACUCAGUGAACUGUAGUUUUUUUUUUCCACAAUUUGUAUCCAUUUGUUACGUAGAUUUUAUUUCUUUUCUUGAACGAUUUUUUUAAUCGGCUGUCUCUCGGAGCAGAUAAACCUCUAAAAGCACUAAUUUGAUUAUUUUCAUGUCUUUUUUUAAUUAGAAAUGGUUGUAUUGUGGUGUAAAAUAAAUCGCCGGGGUUUUAUUUCCGAAACGAAAGCCUUAUUUCAGUCAUCUUUAAAGGGCUAGUGCAAAACCCUGUUCAGAUCCAACAAUGCAAUAUUCUCUCAAUACUAAAAUCACACGAUGUCAAAAAGACACAACGGUGUGUUAAGCAUUCAUCUGUACGACUCUGUGUACGUGUGUGUGUGUGUGUGUGCGUGCGCAAAGCUGACAAAGUGCCAUACGGUCUUCAAUAACACUGAGCAUCUCUGUGUCGAAUUGCGUAUCGAAGCCUAAAUGACAGAAUUGUGAUACGACUGAAUGAUUUAAUAUCUUGUUCGAAUUGAUUUUUCUUUACUUUCUUUUUCUUCUUUUUCAUAUUAGUCUGAUUGCACUGUGUUCCCGAUUCUUCCAGCUCCUCUAAGCGCUACAUGAGGUACAAAGUUGCACUUUGAUCCCAAAAAAAACGAAAGAAAACCAUGCAAACUCUUCUGUUAUUACUGUACAUGGAUGGGAACGUGUAAGAUAUUAUUGCAGUGUUUUCACAAAUCAAGAACGAGCUCGAAGACUCUUUGGGUUGCUUGUGAUGUGUUGCUGAAGAUUUUGGUAUCGCUGUUGCAUAUGCAAAUAAAUAUUACUGUCAUGUUUCUAUACAAACUCCUGGAAUGUGUGUGUGUGUGGUUUUUGUCAUUUCAGAGCCUCUUGCUGUCUGUGAGUCAAAUUAUAAAUCAUUGAGUUCCACUCA